CCCGCGGCCAUGUGACGUGACGCCAUGGACGGGGAGUCGAACGGGGCGCACAGCCCCCACGGCCACAGCCCCCACGGCCAGCUGGUGGGUGGCUGGUGGAGUCCGGCCUCCACGGACGUGAUGAGCCAGCUUUGUCGGGUGUGCGGAGAGCCAGCGGCUGGGUUCCACUUCGGAGCGUUCACCUGUGAGGGGUGUAAGUCCUUCUUCGGCCGGACGUACAACAACCUGGGCUCCAUCACCGAGUGCAAGAACCAAGGAUCGUGCGUCAUCAACAAGAAGAACCGCACGUCGUGCAAGGCGUGCCGGCUGCGCAAGUGCCUGCUGGUGGGCAUGUCCAAGAGCGGCUCGCGGUACGGCCGCAGGUCCAACUGGUUCAAGAUCCACUGCCUGCUGCAGGAGCAGCAACAUCAGCACCAGCAACACCAACAGCAGCAGCACCAGCAGCAACAGGAGCAGCAGCGGCAGCAGCACGCCGCACCGCCGGUCAGCCCCCCGGACAAGAGCCCCAAGGGGUCGCCGCUGGACGUGGACGACACCCUGGAGCAGGAGCAGCCCAUGGACCUGUCCAGGACGGCGGCGGCGUCGGGCCGGCAGGACACGGACGAGGCCAGCGACCGGGACGAGGGCAGCGACUCAGGCGUCAGUGAGCGGGAGAGUGACCGCGGCAAGGACGGCGACGCGGACGGCGCGGCCAACGGCAGCCCGGCGUCCAGUCCCGGGUCCAGGCCGCCCCUCGGGACACCCCUCAGGCCGGCCAGCCCCGCGCUCGGCGCCGCCGCGGCCCCCGUCGACCUCACCGCCAGACAUUCGUGA